UCCCGUCCCAGGACCCGUUGCGCGGCCCGGGCCGGAAGUCAGCGAGCUCCCGGGCGUGUGUCUGUGUCUGACUGUGCCUCGCAGCGACGCGCGGUCCCGGAGGAGCACUGGGGAUUCCCGUCUGAGGCGUCACUACUGUCACUGCCAUCACCCUGACGGAGCCGCUUAUAGAGGGGAGUAGACCCGGCCCUUCGCCGGGCAAAGAUGUUGCCCCUGUCCAUUAAGGACGAUGAAUACAAACCACCGAAGUUCAAUCUGUUCGGCAAGAUCUCGGGCUGGUUUAGGUCUAUCCUGUCGGACAAGACAUCCCGGAACCUGUUUUUCUUCCUGUGCCUGAACCUCUCUUUCGCUUUUGUGGAACUACUCUAUGGCAUCUGGAGCAACUGCUUAGGCUUGAUUUCCGACUCUUUUCACAUGUUUUUCGAUAGCACUGCCAUUUUGGCUGGAUUGGCAGCUUCUGUUAUUUCAAAAUGGAGAGAUAAUGAUGCUUUCUCUUACGGGUAUGUUAGAGCGGAAGUUCUGGCUGGCUUUGUCAAUGGCUUAUUUUUGAUCUUCACUGCUUUUUUUAUUUUCUCAGAAGGAGUUGAGAGAGCAUUAGCCCCACCAGAUGUGCACCAUGAGAGACUACUACUUGUUUCAAUUCUUGGGUUUGUGGUAAACCUAAUAGGAAUAUUUGUUUUCAAGCAUGGAGGUCACGGACAUUCUCAUGGCUCUGGCCAUGGACACAGUCAUUCCCUUUUUAACGGUGCUCUAGAUCAGACACGUGGCCAUCUAGAUCAUUGCCAUAGUCAUGAAGUGAAACAUGGUGCUGCACAUAGCCAUGAUCAUGCUCAUGGACAUGGACACUUUCAUUCUCAUGAUGGUCCUUCCUUAAAAGAAGCAACAGGACCCAGCAGACAGAUUUUACAAGGGGUAUUUUUACACAUUCUAGCAGAUACACUUGGGAGCAUUGGUGUAAUUGCCUCUGCCAUCAUGAUGCAAAAUUUUGGCCUAAUGAUAGCAGAUCCUAUCUGUUCGAUCCUUAUAGCCAUGCUUAUAGUUAUAAGUGUUAUUCCCCUUUUAAGAGAGUCUGUUGGAAUAUUAAUGCAGAGAACUCCUCCCCUGUUGGAAAAUACUCUGCCUCAGUGCUAUCAGAGGGUGCAGCAGUUACAAGGAGUUUACAAUUUACAAGAACAGCACUUUUGGACUUUGUGUUCUGACGUUUAUGUUGGGACCUUGAAAUUAGUAGUAGCACCUGACGCUGAUGCCAGGUGGAUUUUAAGCCAAACACAUAAUAUUUUUACUCAGGCCGGAGUAAGACAGCUUUAUGUACAGAUUGACUUUGCAGCCAUGUAAUGAAGGAAAAGAAAUUAUGCUUUCUUUUGGACCAAAUUUUUCUGGUACUGUACAAUCCAAAACAUUGUACCCAGCUUUUUAAAAUAGAGAAAUUAUCACUACAACUCCCCAGCACCAAGUAGACCAGGUAGAGUCAGCCAAACGUUUGUGCUCUGUGGGGAGUUCACAGCUAAGGGAUCAGAAUUAAGAGGAUAUCAUCUCCUGGACUUUUGAUCUUUUCUUUUGUGCUCUUCCCUCCAAACGAUUACGGAGGUUUCUGGUUUUGUUCCAGGGUGUUGGUUUGUCCUUUUUGUUUUGUGUUUUUUGUUUGUUUUCAUGCUGAAUUUCCUCACUCCCACCCCCUCAUCCCAGCCAGUAAGAAAUUCAUAUUGUGGGCCUCCAAUCAUCUGGAAUGUCUUCACUGAAGCUUCUGGAAACCAAUGCUUUCAUUCCCAUGAAACCAGUGUUAUUUAAAAAAAGAAAAAAGAAAGAAAUGGAAAUCUGUUUUAUAUGUAAUGUCACAGUUGUUGAUGUUCUUCAGUAUAAUCAUAUGUUUGUAAAAUUGUUUGUACCUUGCAAACUUAAGAACCAAACCAUAUUGGGUUUUCAAAGUGCCUUUGUAUCAGAAAAUGUAUUUGCCAGCAUAGAAAUGUACCAUCAAAGCUCAUGUAUAUUAGUUUUUAAAUGGAUAGUCUGUAAUCUAUACAAAAUAAGACUUUUGCUAGUAAUGUAUAUUGUCUUUUUAUGUACUUCCAGCAUAGGUUUAGAUAUAUGAAAAUUUUCCUUUUAUUUUUUAUCUCAUCAAAAAAUAAAAGGUGUUAAUUUGCUUUUUAAAACAAAUUCAAUUACCACAUUAAAUUACUUUGUGGACUGUGUUUUCAGAACUUUGCAUAUGCAUCUGUUAUACAGAAAACUGUUUUAACUUAAAACAUCUGCUAAAUUCCAAAUUUCUAUAAAAGCUACUGUGUCUAUGAUAAGCUUUCCUGUAUCUUUCCUUACCAUUUUUAUGGAUUUUAUAAUGAAAGGAAAAGGCAAUGGUAGACUGGAAGCAGAAAUGAUUGUGACAGUGUUAUUUUGCUUUUUCAUUCUUCAAAUGCCAAGUCAGACAGUUUGUUUUCCUUUUUAAGCUUUACACACAUACAGUUGCUUUCAGGAAUCCUAAAGCAGCAUUUUACUGAGUUUGAACUAUUAAAGCAUACAGAGCAAACCUGGUUCCUAACACAGGUAUUUGGAUUUUCUAGGCCCUUGUGUAUUUGAAAAUCCUUUUCUAGGACAAGGAUUUUCUAGGUCCUUGUGUAUUUGAAAAAUAAAAUUGCCAUUUGAGA